AUGGCGCAGUUACGAGACCAACUUAUCAUGCUCCCGGAAAUUAAGGAACUGACCCCAGAGUGUAACAUUGACGAAGCUAAUGUCGGAGUCCCAGGGGUCACAACUCCAGAGAUCGAAGCCAAGAUGAGAGGGAUCCUGAAACGUCAUAGCAGCAUCUUCCUGGGAGAUGCCAACGCAGCCCCAGCCCCGGUUAGGGGCGUAGUGUGUGAUAUCGGCAAGACCAGUGGCGUUACGCGGAUUGCCGCACCUUUCUUGGUGAAGGUGUUUGAACCCCUGAAGAAGUUGUUGGAGGCAGAGCUCAUUGAGCAUACAGAGUCCGAGUGGUCAUCACCUAUUGUGAUUAAAAACGGCAUAGACAUCCGAAUGUGUAUUGACUACCGACUUCUGAAUCUGCUCAUAAAGCUAUCUCGCUACCCUCUACCCUUGUUCGAUGACCUGCUGCUAGACUUCAAGUCCGCAAUGUGGUUU